AUGUGGACGAAUCCUCGCACCUCCUCUCCCAAAAUGUGGUCUGCAAGCAAUCCUCCCCCUCAAUCCUCGCAUCGAUCUUCUCAAUCAAUUUCCAAUUCCAUUUCCACGUCUAUUUCUCAACCUCAGACUCAAACUCCAAGCCAAAGCCAAAGUCAAAGUCAACGCCAGACACAAACACAACCGCUUCCCUUAUCCCCCACUAUCUUUUCACGUACCGGAACCGUUAUCCCCACGCAAAAAUUAAAGAAUCAAGGAAAGAGGAUUGCGCAGAUUGUGAAGUUGAAGCCGGAUUGUGUGGAGAAGUAUAAAGACUGUCAUGCCAGGGUUUGGCCUGAGGUGUUGAAGCAGAUUAAGGAGUGUUGUAUUGAAGAUUAUUCCAUCUAUCAUGACCCUUCAACCAAUAUCCUCUUUGCGUCGUUCAAAUAUGUAGGAUAUGAUUAUGUGGGGGAUAUGGAGAGGAUGAGGGAAAAUCCAAAGGUUAGGGAGUGGUGGAGUUUGACGGAUUCUUAUCAGGAGAGUCUGGUGGAGGGGAGUACGGGGAGUACGGAUGAGAGGGGGUGGUGGAAGGGCGUGGACGAGGUUUUUUAUGUGGCGUGA